AUGCCCGGAGUUGUCACGAUGGAGAGCGGCGCUUCACAUUUUCAGUCUACAAACCACGACCGCAGCAAUGGCUCACUCACAAACGGCGCGCCCGAUACCAUCAACGGCAUCGCUGGCCAUGCCGGAAAUUACAACACUGUCAACACUGAUGCUGUGCCAAAUGGCACCAUCAUCAAUGUUGGUAACUCUCAGUCUCCUGGGCCUUUCACCUCCCGUAUGAACGACUUACCUGAUGAGAUUCAACAUAUAACACAAGGCUUCGUGCCGCUGAGUGCCCUUCUUUCCCGCCUUUCGCAGCAGACCCAUAAUCAACUUGGCGAUGAGAUCAUGGCUCUGGCAAAGAUGUCUCUGCCGUCAUCUACCAUGAAUGGCAACACUGUCGGCAUCGAUGUUUCUUCGGACGAUAACUCACUAGAAAAUCUAAAUAAGAAGGUCAGGCUUCUAAACUUUGUACAGGAAAAACACGGAGAAUGGGUGAAAGCCCUGAUCAUUGCGAACUGGAGCCGAAAAGCUCAACCAGUCAGCAAGCUAAUUGAUUUAAUGCAUCAUAUUAACAAAACACGAGCGAUAUACCAAGGAUCUCUCGAUUAUAUGAUUAAUAUCAAAAGAGAUCUCACAUAUGCCCGAAUACCAAAUCCAGACCUCCGUACCGCUCUUCAUGUUCUUUCUACCGGCCAAGCCCCUUGGAUGCCCGAACUCAACUACGUGCAAUCUCCUCAAAUCACCCCAGAGGAGCAAAUGCGAUGGAUUGAAAAUCUUAAUACCCUGCUCUCCAUCCGCCUGAAUCUUGAGGACCAUGAAAACAUACCGGAGCAAUUCCAAGAUUUCGAAAUCGAUUCUGGGCGUGUAACAUUCAGAGUACCCGGUGAAUUUGAGAUCGACCUUACGAUAGCCGACGAGGAUCCUGAGAAGCAGUUCUGGUUCAUUGAUUUUCGGUUCGCUUUUCAGCCAGCACCUAGUGAGCUCUCAGACCGAUUGAGAGAUUUCCUAGAAAUGAAAGUCAAUGAAGCUUUACAGAAGGACGGAUUGCAUGGAUGCUACAAGUUCCUUCACGAAUUCAUUUUGACGCAUAAGAUUACGGAGUAUGUACGUCAAGCUAUGGAUCUGAGCAAAGGUCGAUGGGCGGAUAUGUUAGAAGUCGAGAGGCUGAGGCGUGCUAUGGCAAUACACUAUUGGUCUGGCCGCCAGCCUCUUGAUGGCCCUCAGAGCUACAUCAUCAUGGGGGUUUCGAGUGGCAGGGAAUUUAGUUCGUCGCCUAAUCAAAACACUAGCAGCCGCUUGACUUUGCGUUGGUUUAGAGAAGGAGUCGAAAUCAAGGAUAUUCAGUUUCCAUUAGACGAACCGACAAUAUCUACCGAGUUAUUAUUGAACAGAGUCAUCGGACAACACAUCGAACAUAUACUGAGGAGGUUCCAUGAUGCGAUGAAAAUUCAAGGGCGCUUUGUCAGACGAGAAGCCAGCCUUGGGAUCAACAUUGUGAACAACAACCCUGGGGAGUCUGCGUUAACCAUACAGCUCAAUCAUGAACAAUAUUUAACUCUCAAGGUCGCCCCGAUUACAGGAACCUUAUUGGCUAUUUCUCCUCAGUCUAGAGGCAGCUUUGAUUUGCAGAGUCAGCUCAAUAAAGAUUCUCGGCGGCCAGUUACAGAGCACGUUGCACUACUUGAGAAAUUUAGGUGCUACUUUGUCGAGGAUGAACUAAACCGGCGUGGAAAGAGUAGGGGUUGGAGUGUCUGCAACCCUCAUCCUGUCAAACUCGAGGAGACGAGGCAGUUCCUAGGCACAAGAGGAGCUUAUCAGCUUAUAUGGCUAAAGCGGCGCGGAAUUCCAGACAAUUGGUAUAUCAUGGUGAGCCAGAGUUUGAGCGGAGACCAAUGGUGGUUGAUCGAAGUUAUAAAACCAUCAGGCAGCACCAAAAUCACCACCCAUCCCCGCUUGCCGUUGAGUCCUAGCAUGCCUCGAUAUUCGGACAGGUUCUUUGCCGAAUUGACCUUCUUUAGUAGCGCCAUUAUAUCCCAGAUCGGUAUCCUUGGAGCUAUGCAUAGAGAAAGGAUUAAAUACUGCGUACAAGAUCGAGUUAAUCCCAUGCUACCACCUAAUAUGAAAGUCCCCUCCAUUCAUGUGAGGCUGUCUGAGAUACUUGGCCGCCACCAGUCUCAUAUAAGCAAACACUUAUCAUCAUGGGCUUUCGACUUUGUUGAAAUCAACGUAAAGAACAUUGAACACAAGCUCCCACAGUCAUCAGGGCCACCCACAACUGGAGGAACGAGCGGCAAAGAAGAGCGACCUGCAUCAUUGGCUCAGGAACAGCAUCGUUAUAACAUCGUGGUGGAUGCGCGCGUCAAGGUUGCGGACCCUUCUCGGUUCGGGCCACUCAAGGGCAAUGUUGAGCAUGAUGUGGCGUUUAAUGAACGCCUCGGUGUCUUUGCUUUGAGUAUUGACGCAGAAGUUGGAAGCUCGAUUUUAGACACGCUCGCUCACCGUCUUCAAGCUUUGGGCAGAUUGGCCAGCAGCAUUGACACUAUCCGCCAAAGUCGUAGGGAUGUUCAAUGCGAAGAUAUCACACUCAGCAACGUAAGAUUCAGCUACACAGACCAGGCACGGCCUACUAGCAACGAAACACAGCAGAACGUGCAUCGUUGGUCCGCUUCUCUCGAUCUUCAAACCGACAACAUGAAACUGGUCCUCGAUCAGAACAACCCUCAGAUUCGAGCCACAGAUCAAUUUAAUAAGCUGAUCAACUCGAAAGAAGGAUUCAAGGCUGUACCGUGGUUUCUGUCAAUCACAUUGCCGAUACACAGGGCUCUUAAUUCGGUGGAACAGGCAUGGGAGGCUCCGACCAUCACCAACCAAUGCCAUGUGAGCGUAUCUGUUAUUUCUCUCGACUGUUAUACUGUGCAGUAUGUGAUGGGCCCGUCCAAAGGUAUGAGCCGGUGCUUGACCCUGCACAUCAGGCUGCAGAAUCACAAUACUAGACCUGAGUGGCACAUAUAUCGAGAAGAGGCAGGCCCCAACAAACAGCCAGAUGACGAGUUUCAUAAAGUCCUUCAGAAGCUUUGGUUGUCGGACAAGAGAGUAUGGCGCUACCUUGGAACUAGCGUGGCGGCGGAUGUCACGCAUGGGGUAGAAAUCCUUAUCAAAGCUAUGGAUGAAGCGGUCCGACCUUUGGUUGUGGUUAGGUCGCCAUCUGCGUCGAAACAGCCCCAACCCAAAGCAGUAGGGGCGAAGAACGUAGGUCCGAACAAAAAUAUCGGAGCAAACAAACCGCGACCACAACAGACAGCGUCAGGUGGGCCAAUUGGAUCAGGAGGACCUGUGGUGAUUUCGCUAGACGAUUAG